UGUUGAGUGGUUUUAGGUGGUGCCUGAGAGUCAAUGUCCGAGGGGUCCCUGAAGGCAUCAUUUGACUGACAAUCCCCCAGCCUAAUCCAGAGUGAGGAUCCGCAGCGGCAGCGGCGCGUCUCCACUCCGCCUCGAUAACUACAUUUCGAGGGUGACCGACGAAGGACCCCGAAGCCUUUGUUUCUCCGGAGGACUUUUCGGAGGCUGCCGUCGGGUUGGUCGCUGCCGUUUCCCCCCGCUGCUGACCCGCGCUCCAGCAGACGUUACGUCCGGACAAUGGAAUCCAACGUCAUCCCGGACAGCCUCCGCAGCCAGAGGCUCCAGCCGGGGAUCGGCUUCUUCGGCUCGGGCAGCCUGCGCUCCUCCCUGCGGCCGGGGGUCACCGUCCCCAUCGCGCCGCUCGUCCCCGCGGCGACCCUGUCAGCGUCGUCGGGGCCUCCGCCGCCGCCGCCGCCGCUGCAGCUCCACAGCCUGUACGGCGGGGUGGCGGCCGGGCUGGGGCCGGGGGCGAGUGGCCACUGCAACCCGGGGAACCCCGCCGUGCUGAAGGAGGCGGUGGAGGCGGUGGUCCGCAGCUUCGCCAAGCACACGCAGGGUUACGGCAGAGUAAACGUGGUGGAGGCGUUGCAGGAGUUCUGGCAAAUGAAGCAGACCAGAGGAGCAGACUUGCGGAACGGCGCCCUGGUCGUUUAUGAAAUGGUUCCUUCCAACAGCCCCCCCUAUGUCUGCUAUGUUAGCCUACCGGGUGGAAGCUGCUUUGGAAGUUUCCAGUUUUGUCCAACUAAAGCUGAAGCCAGGCGCAGUGCUGCCAAGAUUGCCCUGAUGAACUCCGUUUUUAACGAGCAUCCAUCCCGUCGGAUUACAGACGACUUCAUUGAGAAGAGCGUGAGCGAAGCCCUGACCUCCUUUAAUGGAAACAGAGAGGAGGCUGACAAUCCCAACACAGGGAUUGGAGCCUUUCGCUUCAUGCUCGAGUCCAACAAAGGAAAGUCCAUGCUGGAGUUCCAGGAGCUGAUGACCGUUUUCCAGCUGCUGCACUGGAACGGAAGCCUCAAAGCCAUGAGAGAGCGGCAGUGUUCCCGACAGGAGGUGCUGGCUCACUACUCCCACCGGGCUCUGGAUGACGACAUGCGCACUCAGAUGGCAGCCGACUGGGUGAACCGGGAGCAGAGCAUGGCGGGCACCAUCGCGCAGGAGCUGGCGUCCACUGAGCGAGAGCUGGAGGACGCCAGGCUGGCGGGCAGAGAACUGCGAUUUUACAAAGAAAAGAAAGACAUCCUCAUGCUGGCGGUGGGGCAGCUCAGCACUGCCAAUGCUGCCACUCUUCCCUCACACUAAGGCUUCACAGAAAAGCACACCUUCACCACACCAUAGGAUUCUGGGUAACCACUGAUCACUGUCUAACCUUUGGUUGAAAAGAGCAGCUGAUCAGACUUUCACUUCUUAGUCCAUAAAGCAAAAUGUGACUGACACACAGGCUACCAUCCUAUUUACUGAGAGGAAACUUAAGGAAACCAAGUUUUACUGUCUGGAUUUAAGGGACAUAAUGUGACCUAUAAAACACAGAAAGGAAGCAGGAAGGAUUAGUUAACCGCAUCAUUCCUUAUAGAUAUUGUGGCUGUUGCAUUUUUAUGAGGAUAAACCGUUGUUUGUAAAACUAGGAUUAGAGCCUGCCCACACCAAAAAUAAUAUCCAACAAUUUUUUUUAUUAUAAGUUUCGUGUAUUUGAAAAAAUUCAACUUUUUAAACUUUAUUAAGAGUGUUUUAAAUAUUAGCAAAAUAUGUAAACAGAUUAUUCCUUAGUCAGAAUUGCCCUUACGGAUGGAUAUGGGCUGUCUGCGGGGGAAAAAGGGGCAAACCUGCAGGUGACCUGCAUGUUAUUUUAAGAUCUUAGACCAGUCGGUGAUCCCGCAGAAAGAAAAUGUUGAUUCCAUUUUUCUAUGUGCAUAGUGGGGCCAACAAGUUGCAGUGAACACAUGAGGGUAAAGGCCGUGUCACACAGCCACUACAUACAGUUUGCACAUUUUAUGAAAUAUCGGUAUUCUGUGAUUCGUGCGUCAUAUAUGUAAUUCAGAAGUUUUUGCGUUCGUGACUCGUCGAUGUGUGCAGAUGUCCACUGAGGGUUUCAGCCGACAGGUCUUUACCUGAAUUCAGUUUUGAGCUAUUCAAAAUUUUAGGUUGGAUGAGAAUUACGCAGUUCACGCAUGUUUUAAGAUAUUCAUUCACAAUUAUUUGUUAAUCUGCGAGAGGCACACGCAGAUGUGUGGCUUUGCACGACUAUUCCACGUUUUCACGCACGAACCACCGAUGGAUAGCUUUAAUACAGCGUACACGGGGGUACAUAACACGUUAAAAUUCCGUAAAUGACACACAAAUCACUAAUGAAUUCCAUAUUAACAGUGCCAUAAUCGCGGACGUUUCAUGUUCGACGUUGAUUUACGUGUUCUUUGGUGGUUUAUCCGUACUUCUUCUGUGGUUUUAACGUGGUUCAUUUGUGAUACAUCUGUGAAAAUGUCACAUAAAGACCACGACUUUUCUCUCUUUUUCCAUGUAGGUUAACGUAUGACCAAUUUUCUUUUAUCCAAUAUGCGCAAAAGUAAGUAGUGGCUGUGUGACACGACCUUAGGAAGAGUGACGUAGGUGAGGUGCAGGCAGGUCAUACGGCUUACAGGAGCUCACCCACUAUUGGCGACUUAAAGUUAAGAGCACCUGUUAGGACCGGCGUUUAUUUAGAUUGGCGUCAAUUAAAGACCGGCCACUAUUGGAAGAUGUACGGUAAGCAUUGUACUGGCAUCCUACCGCACUUAUUGUAUUUUCCGCAGUAUAGGGCGCACCGGUAAUGAAUGGUCUGUUUUCGAACUUUUGCAAUAUAUAAGGCGCACCGAAGACAAAAAAGUCAGAGAUAAGGCCGUCAAUCUGUCAGACUCAAGACGUUCGUAACUCGAUACACAUUAGCCACAUUAAAAGAGUUAUUCCCAUUACAAUAACACGCAACGUUGUUUUCAACACAUAAAAAACAGACUGAAACCGCUAAAACAGACAUUACUGUGACUACGCUAACUCCCAACCUUGUUAGAAACGCACCAAAACCGCUACAUGUUAGCUGCGUUAGCAUAUUCACACUAAACCAUAACCAAAUAUUUUGACAGAGUGCCGCGUACCUAUCAAAAUUGCUUCGACAUCAAUAAUCGCUACCAGAAUCAAUAGAAGGCCCUAUUUUGAAAAAAAAUAUUGAUGCUUUUAGGUCCACCACAUAGUGCAGAAAAUAUGGUACUUAUCCCGUGUACACCGUGUGUGCAGCAUUUGUGUGCAGUCAAUAAAGAGCUAGUAUUCGCAACUUGCUCAUGACAAGAGUGCAGCGUUAGGGCACCGUAUGACGCACCACCUACAUGUCAUGUAUGUGUAACUUCACUAAACUCCUACAACACCCAUAAUAAUAGUACAUUCCCUUUCACGACGUCCUUCUCUACAACCCUCCAUGGUCCUGGACAACCUAAAAACAGCCGUACAGUUUUAACCGUACAGGUGAACGCAGGACUAAGGCUUUACUGAUGCCUGCAGCAGCUGCUCAGGUUUAACAAGAAUUAGAUGGUAAUCUGUCAUCAUGUUCCUUUUGUCUAUUGUAGACUUCAUUGUAUGUGGUGAGAACACCAGCAGCCGAAUGUAUGCUCUGUGUCACCGACAGAAGGACCUACAAUGCUGCUCUGGUAUGGAUUGUGUUUGAAAUGUAGAUGGAUCAGGAUUCAGUGUUGGUUAGAGGUACAAUAAGAAGGUUAGAAAAAGGAGUUUGGAAAGUUUCUGAGCUGCUUUUCCUUUUUUGGUUUGAGAUACCACAACUUUACAUUGAGAAAAUAAAAUACAACCUCAUAACACUUGUUGAAAAGUAAAAAUCUUUAUAGUUAGGCACCCUAUAAACAUGAAGGCAGUUGAUCCGGUGGUCUUUUGAAGACGCUUGUGAAUGCAGUUUAUUGGACUGUCUCUACUUAAAAGAUCAGUCUGGAUUUAGGCAAAUUAAACAGCAGGAGGGCUGGCAUUUGUGCAGCACAAUAAAAGUUUAGGAAUUGGCAACAUAAAAUAACAGAAAAUUAUCCAAAAGACUGAGAUUAAAGUCUACCAUUUGGAAUUGUGUUAUGUUGAUACAACUUUAAGAAAAUAGGUAGUAUUUGAUUGUAAAACCUUUCAAAAACAUCUUAAUUAAAACUUUUUGGCCUUUACACUUCUUACAUAAUGGAUCUGUAAUUUGCUCAGUUACUUGAAACAUUUGAAAGAUUUCUAAUGAGACUUAAAAGGAAUGAACAGUUUGACUGAAAUAAAAAUUUGUUUUUUUCUGCUAAGUCUGUGACUCAAGUUGGAUUAGUCAAAAGACUUUUUUCCUUUUUCUUUUCGUUUGAUUAUUAUUAUUAUUAUUUUUAGAAACAAUGAUUGCAAUAUCAUAAGAGCCAUCAAAAAAUGAUCUGAACAUCUUUUUUAUUAAGCUUUUGGAGACUUUGACCUAUGUGUGUCCUUUUUGUUUCUUACUUUUCUAAAUGAGCAGCCAUUUUUAGCUCUUAAUGUUCAUUUUUUUUUAAUGUAAAAGUCUCAGCUCUGUACACAAAUGCAUUUCACUUAUGUUAUUAUUGAUCAAGGCUUUUUUAACCCAUUUUUAUAUAUGCAUUUAUAAAAUGAAAACAUUGGCUUUUUGUGUUUUGAACUUUGUUGCAUGACAUGCUUUUUUAUUUUAUUUUGAUACAGUAUUGUUUUAUAAAAAUGGUUUUAUUAUGCCCAAAUUGUAUUUUGUAUGAACAAUUUGUAUUCCAUGUUUAUACUUUUAGUAGAUUUAUAUAAAAAUGUAUAUAAAUAUGUAAUAAAUUGGUCCGUACAAAGUUUUGAACUUUA